CUCUCUCCCUAUGUAUGCCUUUAACGGCUGUGUAUUGUAUAUUGUAAUGCAUUGUAGAGCACAAGCCAUACACUGAACGCCUGCACAGACUGUGAAUACUGUGAAUAUGUGGUGUUGUUUGCAGUACUGAUCGUCAGUAUUAUUAUUAUUGCUGUUAUUAUAGAGCGAACGGCGGAUACGAUAUACGGGUUGUGUUGAGUGACACACAAGUGAUGUCCACACGAAUGACUCAAACACACCAUCAAAGCCCGCAUCGCAUCCCACGAGUGGUGACGACUGAGCGACACAACCAAUACAUCCAAUUGUGAUCAGUGGUGGGCAUUCCUCGUGAGUGUCGAUGGCGCCGGCGACGUCAAAGACGAGUUCCUCUAACAGUGAGGGGGACUACCAGUUGGUUCAACACGAGGUGCUUCAGUCCGGAUCCAAUCACUACGAGGUGUUGGAGUUCUUGGGCAGAGGAACGUUCGGUCAGGUGACCAAAUGCUGGAAAAAGGGCACCAAUGAGAUCGUGGCCAUUAAGAUCCUGAAGAAUCACCCGUCGUAUGCACGACAGGGACAGAUCGAGGUCUCCAUUCUUCACCGACUCAGUCAAGAGAAUGCAGACGAGUGGAACUUUGUUCGGGCGUUCGAGUGCUUCACGCAUAAGAAUCACACGUGUCUUGUGUUUGAAAUGUUGGAACAGAAUUUGUAUGACUUUCUUAAGCAGAAUAGGUUUAGUCCGCUUCCACUCAAGUAUAUCCGUCCGAUUCUACAGCAAGUGUUGACCGCAUUGCUUAAACUUAAGCAACUCGGGCUCAUUCACGCCGACCUCAAGCCAGAGAAUAUAAUGCUUUGCGAUCCCGUGAGACACCCGUUUCGCGUGAAAGUAAUUGAUUUCGGGAGCGCUUCGCACACAAGCAAAGCUGUUUGCUCUACUUAUCUACAGUCCCGAUACUAUAGGGCGCCUGAGAUUAUAUUAGGACUUCCAUUCUGCGAAGCGAUCGAUAUGUGGAGUCUGGGCUGUGUUAUCGCCGAACUAUUCCUCGGUUGGCCACUAUAUCCGGGCUCUUCAGAGUACGACCAAAUCCGAUACAUCAGUCAAACGCAAGGCCUUCCCAACGAGCAUAUGUUGAAUCAAGCGUCCAAAACGACGCGUUUCUUCUAUCGCGAAACCGACUCUAACUAUCCGUUUUGGCGCAUCAAGAGUCCGGACCAACACGAGUCCGAAACGAACAUCAAGUCGAAAGAGGCGCGAAAGUAUAUAUUCAACUGUCUGGACGAUAUGGGACAAGUGAACGUUCCCACCGACAUCGAUGGCGCAGAACUGCUCGCCGAGAAGGCCGACCGACGCGAGUUCAUAGACCUAUUGAAACGUAUGCUUACCUUAGACCAGGAGAGGCGCAUCACACCCGGCGAGGCUCUCAACCAUAACUUUGUGUCGCUCAACCAUUUGGCCGAAUACGGCCACUGCAAGAACGUGCAGAACUCCGUCAACAAGAUGGAGGUCUGCCGGCGGCGAACGGUCGCCACGAACAACAACUACGACCACAACAGUAACCAUCAAAUGACGACAAUUAUGAAUAACUUUACCUCUUCGGGAAACGUGACGCUCUCUUUCAACAACCAGUUGUCGGGUCUGUCCAACACUGCCUAUCAGUUGCAUCCCAACGUCUAUCCGAGCGCCGCGUCUCUUACCUCAUCGCAGGCCGCGUCUCGACUGUCUAGCACUCAGAACAGUCGAGCGGCGAACCAAUACGCGGCUGCGGCCGCUAGAGCUGCGGCUGUGGCGGCCAAUAGUGACCCAUUCGGACAGUACGCUUCCAUCUUAUGCCCGGCCGGCGCCUAUCAAAGUCUUAACUCUCCGGCCAAACACGUGAUGACAAUGGCAGCUGCCGUGGCUGGCGCUCAGGCCGCACAGUCACAGGGCGUUCAACUCCAACCGCCUCUUCUCACGCAAGUGGGGGCCACUCAACAGUACGUUCCCGUUUCGGUCGUCGAGCAAAAUGGCCGACAAAUGUUGUUAACGAAUGCGGCCGCUGUUCAGUCCGGAUGGCCAACCCAUCGGCAGAUGUUUGCAGCCGUUCCCACCACUUGGCAACAGUUCUCGACGGCAACGGGCGGUCGUCUACAACAGCCGACCGCCGCUGUGCUCUCGGACUCAGACGCGUGGAGUCGUUCGUUAGUAUUGGAGAGAACGGCUAUACUUCCGGACCAAACGGCAGUCCUUCCCAUGGAAUUCCACGACCCGUCAGUUUACGACCACUUGAGAAACGAACGCAAUCUUAUUCAACAGCAGUCCAACGCCUUCUCAGGUGUGGGACAGCCGUGGGGUGUGAUGUCGUGCGGACAGCCGUCCAACGCUCACCAGUCGUCGCACUACUCGUCGAACGCCAAUUUGGUUCCGACACAAAACGCCACUAUUUUGGCGGCCAUUUCCAGUUCGAAGCGAAACACCGGGUCUUCAAUACAACCCAAGUCUAUGAAAUCUAAAGAGCAUUUGUCUCCCGUCAAGAAGCGCCUCAAAGAGUCGUCUCCACCCAAAUGGCAGGACUCGCUGUUGGGCCGACACGUGGAGUCCGGAUACGGGGGUUCAAUAAAUCUGUGCACUUCUAGUGACAACACUCCCAACGCGACCGACGAAAACAAAAACCUGAAAAAGGCGUCAAUCGUUCGCAACGCUUCUCUUAAGACACACCAAACGAUCACAAUAGAGGACACGCCUUCGCCCGCCGUCUCUGUUAUCACAAUCACCCUCACCCCAGAGGACAAUGAAGACUGCGUCCGAUACAGUGGCGCGCCUUCCAGUCACAACUCCACUCCUAUCAAAUCCCAAGUGUUCGACAACUAUAGACACCAUUCAAACCGAGGUCUAAGUCACUCGCUAUCGACGUCUGCCAUCACGAAGACUCCCAGAAUUGACAUCAAUUGCUUCACUUUACCCGACUCUGACUCGGAAGGCAAUCACAGUCCUCUGCGACCGCUGCCCAACUUUACCAACUCUUUGAUGUCGAAACUCAUAAAACCCGAACCACACAAAGACAACAUCGUCUCCAGUUCUUCGCUGUCAGACGUCUCCAAAGCCGUCAAUCAGUUGUCAAACGCGUCGCAGAAGAAGCGACUGUUGGCGAAGGCUCAACAACAGGCGCACCUCCAGAGCCUUCAAAACUUUCAUAAUCUGAAACAAAUACCGCAGAUUCGUGUCGACAACUUCUCCAUCCCUGCGACCAAACAAGAGGUGCUUUCCAGCGAAGACGAGGACUCGCUCUCCGGUCGAGUCAAUUAUCUGAGCUCUCAGUCAUAUCAGAGCAACACUUCCAACAGUAGACGUUAUAACGACGCCGUGAAUGCACAAUACGCUCGUCACUCGAAGCUCGAGAACUUGGAGGGCGAGAAACUGAUCAAAUGUGCCGUCAGUCCCAAUAGGAGGGGAAAUGGAAGCUGUCGUUCGGGUCAUGUCAGCCACCAUCACAUGCCGUCAGCGCAUCUCUCGCCGGUGCAGUCGAUGCCGCAGUCGUUGUAUUUGAACGGCUCGUCGAGCGGUGAUCUGUACCGAGACUACUGUCAUCCCACGGUUUACGUCACGUCGAGUCUCACUCAGCCGUAUAUAACCCAACAGCAGAAGUAUGUGAUAGCGCCGAACGCACCACAAAGCGGACCCUUUGCACAAACAGUGGCCUCAUUGCCGGCCCCACCGCCGGCUCAUCACCACCACAACAGCACGCGCUCUAAUGUGGCCCAGACUGUAGGCUAUGCGCCCACAACCAGUCAUCCACUGCCGGCGCACAUCCAAAACAUACAACAAACUCCUUCAGCGGUGGCUGCGAUGCCGUUGCAGUUCGCGGGUCAGGCGGUGCCUCCCUAUGGCUACAACAUGUCAUCCAUAGCUUCAACCAAAGCCCCGUAUCAACACUUGUAUCAAAUAUUUGGCGAUUAAGCGACUAAACACUAAAUCCUAUAAAUCGUUAAGAGUUUUCUUUAUAUAUUUGUAUUUUUUGUUCAAUCAUUUCAGUCAAUGAUUCUCUCAUUUUAUUUACUUAUUAUUGAAUCAAAAAUUCUUUUGAC